AUGGGGCUUCUGGUAAACACUGCACUAGUACACGUAGUGAGUUUGUUUAAAAGGGGCUUAUAAAAAUAUACAAAAACAGGGUUUGUCUCCACUGAUCCCAGGAUCAGAUCGGCUUGGAAGUAAAGAUAAUCGUAUAUACAUAAGCAUACCGGUAUCAAAAUACAACAAAUUUGUGUGAUGCUUCCGAUGGAAUCAAAUAUUUUUGAGAAGAAUAACUCAAAACAUCAAAAAAUGGCUUAGCAAUCGAGAUAGGAGAUAGCACUAUGCCUGAAUAUAAUAAAGAUGAAGAUUGACUUGCAACAUGUUCAUAAAGAUUAUAUUGCUGACAUGGAUUCUUUUCUUCAAGGGAACCAACUUAUCAGUGGUCAUAGACAGUCUCAGUCAAAAGGGCAUAGUUUUGUCGGAGUAUUGUCCAAAAAUGCCAUAUUGCGAGGAGGGAGCGCAUGUUAUGUGUAUGUACUAUGAUCCAACUAGAGUCAUGGGCCCGCUCUGUACCAACCCGCGAAACGUUUCAAUGACAUCAGAAUUGGCCAUCAAACUUCUAGAAGUAUCUAAUGCAGUGAGAGGCAAAAUGGCAAUGGGUAUCGAGAAAGGAAAAGGUGGUGUGGAAUUGCCUCGAGCCUACGGCAUGUUUAAACUGCAUUGGGAUAACGAAUUGGCCACGUUUGCUCAAGUGUUGGCCAACCAAUGCAGACUUAGACAUGACAUGUGUCGAGCUACAAAAAGAUUUCCAGAUCCAGGUCAGACGGCCGGCCUGGUCCGCUUCUCGGCUCCCGAUUGGAUACCAGUGUCAAAGUCCAAAGGAAACCAUUUCACCGAACCUGGCCUAGUGGACUCGAAGAUCACGUACGCUGUCACCCAAGCGCUAAAAUCUUGGUAUUCCCAAAAGAGUUACGUCACCCCAGCUAUGAUCAUUGAUACACCCGACUGGACUUUGCCCAGUGUUAUCGGAGAGGAUGGAAAGGAAUGGAUCCCGACAAAACAAAAUGGCCGGCCGUUUUUGGAAAUGAUCAGCGCUCCUGCGACGCACAUGGGUUGCGGUAUCUCAGCCUAUGCUGAUUACGCUUAUCAUGGAUCUAGAUCUCCACUCAAUUAUAAUUCCAUGCAAGUGGUGUGCAACUUCUCAUCGCGUCCCAAGAAGAACAAACCAGUAUACGACCUGGAACCAGGGCCUCACACGUCUCCAUGCGGAUGCCCUCCCGAUGCAAUUGAAGAUGAGAACUGUCUGUGUGUUUAUACUGAUAAGAAACCGCAGAUGAAGGUUAAGACCGCGUAUAAGGUAAAGCCUAAAGACGAGUUGGACUGUGACGGCGUCAAUUGUGAACAAGCCGUGAUUCUGUUACCUAUCUUCACUGUUGAAGACGCCCCGCCGAGCAAGCUAAUUAGCAGACAAGGGUCACAUCGUGGCGAUCAUCACAAUUACAGAAACAACUUGCUCGGGGCUGCUAGUUCUCUGGAAUUUAAUGAUGACGACUUCCCUGGAAACCGAAGCGAGCAUGUUCUGACUGUUGUAAAUGGCAUUGUGGAUCAUAACCCUGUUCAUCAAACCCCGGAAGAAUCUGUGAGGCCGUAUUUAGAAAAAUCACCAAAUUAUAAAAAAUCUCACCUGUUAAGCUCCAAUCGUCCACAGCAGAGGAAAACUAGCAUAUUCUCACGUCUGGGUCUAUCGAGCACUUCUAAAGCAAAUAAUCCUUUGAAGCUAAGUCUGAAAGACUUCAAAAAAGAUGUUGUUCCUCGAAAAGAUUUCUCUAAAGCGAAACAUCUCCUGAAUAAUUACAUGGAGUCUAUAAAAAAUUAUAGUACCAUUCAAUUCAGACCUCACAUAACAGAAUCCAAGGACAGAAAAUCAAAAAGAUAUUCCAGUAAUAAUAGAAAUAUUAACGAUGCCGAAAUUGUAUUAAUUGAACAUGAUAAUAAUAAAGGUCAUUCAGUAAUACAUAAAGACAUGGGACGUAAUGAAAUUAAACACAACGAAGUUGACCAUAAUGAAAUAGAACAUAAUUAUAUUGGAAGAAAUGAAAUCACACAUCAAGGAGAUCGAGAUGCAAAAUUAAUGACUCUAUUAGAUAAAUUAGAGGAAGAAGUACAACAUAUCGAACUAACUGGUAAUAAAAAAGAACUGUUUGAUGCUAAAAUACGUAAAAUAUAUGAUAGUGUAGUAGGGAAGUCAUCAGCACCAAAAAAUAAACAUAUUUCUGAAACAGAUGAUUUUGGACAUGGAGAAAUAAAUAAACUAGUAGAUCUUGAUAUUGCACACGACCGAGAUCUUGAACAUGAGCAUGAUUCAGAUCACGAACACGACAAUAUGUACAAAAAAGAAUUAGAACGCAAAGAUCACAAACUAGACAAAAAUGAUAUUGCUAAAACAAUGGAUGAUAUAGUUCACUUAAAUCACAAUGAUAACGAGCACCGACGCAGUAGUCUAGACUAUAAUAGUGACAGAGGUAAAGAUAGUCGUAUGAGAAUUAAGGCAAGGUUGAAUUCAGGUUUCAGUUCAGACACAGAUAUUGAGUCGGACUACGAUUACAGAGAUAAUUCAAAAAAAUCAUUACACAAAGAUAAGUUGUACAGAAGCUCUGAUAAUGAGUACAAAACACACAGAUUCCCUGAGUACAGAAAAUCUUACAAAAGCAAAAGUCAAUAUUCACAUGAAGAUUUUAAAAUGAAUCGAUUUAACGUCGAUGAACCAAGGAACGGUAAAAGGUUGAAACACAGAGAUUAUUACAAGAGUAGAGACGGCAGUAGUAUUGAAAGUUUGAAUAAAAAUCAUUACAGAAGACAUCAAACUAGAGGCAACGAGUGGAAUAUCGAUGAUGAUGUGUUGAGUCCAGAGAGACGAAAAUAUUAUCAAGAGAGACUUGAAAAUUUGGAAAGGCAACUCCAGAAUACACGAACUCGAAAGUUUAGGAAUGAUGAGGAACGACACCGCAGACCGAUGCGGGUUCCAGGUUUUGAUGAAGAAACAAUGAGGAGGCCCAGCAAGAACAGAAUGGACCACUUUGACAUGAGAGAAAGGUCGAGGUUCCUACACGGAUUUUGAAGAAACUUCUCGAUCACCAGCCUUCUCGAUUCCAUCCUUAGUAGCUUUCCGAUAUUUUCUUUUCCACGUCACAAUUUCUUCGGUAUUCUUAGUUGGACGCAUAUCUUCCUUGAUGAAGUCAGCCCUUCGAAGAAGCAUUAUCUAGUUAUAUCACUAUAUACUUAAUAAUCUAAUCUAAAGAUCGCUGGUUGUUAUUUGCUAUACAUCAAAAUUCAACAAAGGCAACGAUCAAUAUGUAGCGUACAUAGUUUAAAAAGCACUUUUCAAUCUAAUUUCGACUAAAUUUAGUACAUACGCGGAUAGAAUACAAAUGCAUACCUUUAAAAUCCCAUAUUUACAAUAUUACAAUACAUAGUGUACUUUUUAUCCCUAAAUAAUUACGUAUUCUUCUUCUUCCUUAUUAUUACAAUGAAAUAACUUUAACACAAUACAAUACAUAUUUUUUACUUUCAUUUACUUUGUAAGUUAGAUAUUUUUUUAUUGUUAACGUUUGUUAUGGGAAAAGGAUUUUGUAGAUUUUUUACAUAGGAUUUUAUAGCUUUUUUACAUAAGGUUUUAUAGAUUUUUAACUGAUAUUAUAAUAAGUUUAAUAAUGUAAAUAAAAAACGUAAAAAUUA